UUUUAUUUAUUUUGAAAAUUGAUUUUUCCUCUGCAACUCUAAAACCCUUCCAAAACCCAUUCUUCACACCAUUCUCUCUCCUUCUCCGAUUCUCUGAUCAACCAUGUCCAAAUCAUUGAAGCUAAUCAAGGACCAUGCCUCCAACCCCAAACUCUGGUUAGUCAUCGGAAUCGGAGUUGCCGGCAUCGUUGUUCUGGCGGAGACACGGCGGAGAAGACGCCGUGGAAAAACACCAAAACCAGACUUUGGUGCUUUCAUUGAGCGUUUUGAGCUUCUUCCCUUCCCUCAGCCUCCUCCUCCUGCAGCCAAGCAAAUGCUCUCUGCUCUAACCUUUGCCAUGAGUGACAUAUUUGAUGUGAAGGGCUAUGUGACGGGGUUUGGAAAUCCUGAGUGGAAGAGGACGCAUGAGGCAUCGGAGAAGACUGCGCUUGUGUUGACUGCUUUGCUCAAGAAUGGGGCCACUUGUGUUGGCAAGACUGUUUUGGAUGAAUUCUCUUAUGGGAUUUUUGGUGAGAACAAAUAUUACGGAACUCCAACGAAUCCCCAGGUGCCUUCGUGUAUCCCGGGAGGGUCAUCUAGUGGUUCAGCAGUAGCAGUUGCUGCAGGACUUGUUGACUUUGCUAUUGGUACUGAUACUACAGGAUGUGUGAGAAUUCCAGCAUCAUUCUGUGGUAUUUUCGGUUUUCGACCAUCCCAUGGAGCUGUGUCAGCCAUUGGAGUUCUCCCCAAUGCACAAAGCUUAGACACCAUUGGAUGGUUUGCCCGUGAUCCAUCUGUCCUACAUCGUGUUGGACACGUUUUACUUCAAUUGAAUUCAGUGAAUACAAAAAGGUCAAGGCGUAUCAUAUUUGCUGAUGACCUCUUUCAGUUAUCUAAAGUUGCUACACAGAAGACAAUAUACGCUAUUGGCAAAGCUAUUGAGAAUAUGUCUGGGUAUCAGGCUCCAAAGCAUAUGAAUCUUAGUCAGUAUAUUGAUUCAAAAGUGCCCAGUCUAAGGCUUCAUGAGCAAUCAGCACACCAACAAAAUGAUGCAUCUAUACUGAAAACUCUCGUUUCGGUUAUGCUUUCAUUACAAGGGUAUGAAUUUAAAACCAAUUAUGAAGAUUGGGUUAACUCAUUCAAACGUAGGUUAGGCCGUGGUGGUGUGUCUGAUCGCGUUAUUGCAGCCAUUAAUACUACACAUGAUAAUAUAAAAAUCCUGUAUAAAGUCAGGACUGAGAUGCGAGGUGCAUUUCAAAGUCUACUAAAGGAUGAUGGAAUACUAGUAAUUCCCUCUGUAGCAGACAAUCCAUUAAAGUGCAAUACAAAGAAAGGUUUUUCUUCUGAAUUCGGUGACAAAACUUUUGCAUUAUCCAGCAUUGCCAGUAUGUCUGGAUGUUGUCAGGUUACAAUUCCAUUAGGAUAUCAUGGUGAUUGUUGUAUUUCUGUUUCAUUCAUCUCAUUCCAUGGAGCUGAUAAAUUUCUUCUUGAUACGGUCUUGGAUAUGUAUGCAACUCUUCUAGAGCAAGUUAGUGUUGCCUCCUAUUCCUUGCCAUUACCAGAUAUGAAUGGCGACACGGAAACUUCUGAACUUUUAAAGGAGAAGGGAAAUGCAGCAUUUAAACAAAGCCAAUGGAAUAAGGCAGUCAAUUACUAUACUGAGGCUAUCAAAUUGAAUGGGAUGAAUGCAACUUUCUACUGCAACAGAGCAGCUGCUUACAUAAAGUUAGGAUGCUUUCUGCAAGCAGAAGAAGACUGCAGUAAGGCAAUAUUGCUUGAUAAGAAGAAUGUGAAGGCAUAUCUAAGGCGUGGAUACGCGAGAGAAUCAUUACUACGGCGUGAGGAGGCUCUUCAAGAUUACAAGCACGCCCUUGUUCUUGAACCACAGAACAAGGAUGCUAGUCUUGCCAUCAGAAAAUUAACGAGUUGAUAUUUGGUGUGCUUUUUUGUCUCCCCUGACCUACCCUUCACUUUAAGAGAAUAUCAGUAGCUGUGGAAAUAUGAUUUUGGUUCUUUUCUUACACUGACUACCUUCGGAGUAUAGGUACAUUGAAGCGAGAAGAUGAGGUGUUGUAUUAUUCACAUUCUGUGCAUAUACUAUCAGAAAUAUUAUGCAAACCAAAUAGGUUAUGCCUAUAAUUUUUUGGAUACACGUAUAAAAGAUUGGCCUAGUUGCCCCUCAUGUACAUUAAUUUUAUGGUGCAGCAUAUUUACUUUGCUUUAGAUGUUGCUAGGAAGCAAGGACCCGUUUUGCCUAAUCUUUGUGUGGAAUCAGAUUGUCUCAGAGUGAAUAGAGCCAUCAACGGAGUGGACGUACAUAAUUCUUAUUUA